CAGCAAAGACAUGCUCCUGAAGCACUGUUCUAUUUACACUUUUCGAAACAGCUGACAGCUGUCAAAUAGCGCGCCUCGGUGGGUAAUUUGCGGCGAAUUCGCCUUGCUAGAGAGAGUGUAUUUCUUAACUAAAUUCGCCUUGCUAAAGCCGCUUACAAUUUGUCAUUCGGGUCUACUCUGCAAUGUCGGUGCUGUUCUUUUCUUGAAAAAUUAAUAAAUUUUACCAGGAAGAUAUUGGUGAAAGUACAUUUUUAAAGGAAUGUAGUAAAUCCAAAACAUUGCUAUCGUGUCGAUAAAAUAUACCCUGCACUAUAUUGUUGCUGUGGUGUUAAUUAUACUCAAGUAAAAGUCAACGCGUGGCUGAAAAUGGCUAUAUGGUUAUGUGCAUCUAGAUAUUAGUUUUAGCAACCUGUGAUUUUUCGAGUGGCACUUGGAUUAACUGGAGUCAAGGAAAAGUGCAAAAAAAGCAGUGCCUGUAACAUCAUAUUUCUUUUCUGGCGAAGAGACAAUCGCAAGGUGGACUAGUCCUUACAACAAAGAUACAUACCUAUCAAUAUUUGCAGCGUCACAAUGUGUGGAGAAGGAGCAGAGUAACAAGAACACCGGCUGAAGUCAUACUAAAAACGACCAAAAUAUUAGUCAUAAAAGCAAGAGUGAGCACAACAGCUUUAAAAUGCAUAAUACCUCGAGGAACCGUCAAAGCCAGCCUCCGUGCAAUACACAAAACCGAAGGAAAAUUUCCACAGUUGUUAGCAAUAGUAAAUCAAGUAGUGAGAUUUUCAAUAAUCCGCCGCUCUAUGCAACGUCUUCUUGGCUGCUGCCGCCAACAACUUCAAAUACAUUGGAAUACAGGCGUUUAUCGCAAGAAUCACCACAUGCAUCUAUACAUACAAACGCCGAAGCGGUGAAGAAAAUAGCUACGAGUACUUCAGCUCCCACAACAGAAGCAUGUGAUGCAUCUUCUACUUCUCCAUCGUUAUCAACCGUAGAUUCGUUUUUGUUACGUGGAUGGUCUCCAGUGCCGACAACCUCCACCGAUACCUCGCAUUGGUUUGCGAAAAUGAGUAGGCGCAACGUUAGUAGGAAACGUAAAAGACAAGUGUCUGUCAAUGCGACUCGAGAAACGAAGAGCUCAUGACCAAAAAACUCAUCAUACUUCAGAUGGAUUGAAAUUUUUUGUGGGCUUAGCUUGUUAAUAUAUAAAUCGAGAUCUGGAGGGCUGGCUGCUGAACAGCGGUCUUGAUUAUGCGUUUUUAGCGAUUAAAGAUGUCUAUGAAAACCGAUUACUCAACAUACUUCAGACAACUUGAAAUUUAGAUAGAAUUUUACUUACAGUGCAUAUAAAAUGAAUUCAAGGUUGCCUGUCAAUUCUGAUGCUCUUAAAGUACUGCCAGCCCAUGUUGAAAUUGCAUUGUUGCAACUGUAAAUAAAAAACAUACUUCAAAUUGGCUGUCCUGAAAAUAGAUGAAAUGUCUACAGCCAGCCCCUUCUGAUGGUCUUAAAGUACUGCCAGCCCAUGUUGAAAGUGCAUUGUUGCAACUAUAAGUUAACAUACUUCAGAUGGGCUAUCAAACAGCUCUCAAACACAGGGUCCUGUUUCGGAUUUCGCAAAGAGCCUUCUCUUAUUAUUCCUUGUGAGGAAUGCUUACAGAUCUUUUACUCAUCUGUUCAAAUAUUUUAUUACUUCGACUUUGGUUUUUAAAUUAUUGUUCUUAAUGACAUAACACAAUAAAUCACACAACUUUUGACACUUGAAA